UCCCAGCUCGAGUCCUCUUUUAACAGCCUUUACGAAGGAGAACGGAAGUAGAAAACGACUACAAUCUUGUUUCUUCUUAGACAAAGUGGCAGUGGAGUUCUCCUUCCACCCUUGGACUUCGUAGCACACCAUUAAUACUCCUUCGGUCCUUGCCCGCUCCGCCCGGAAAUGCCAAGUGCCCCUGGAGCGCAUGCGGCGCUCGAGGGCCCCUCCCGUUCCAGAGGCUUGGCCCCUAUUGGCCCAGAGGCCGGGUAGCGCGUCCUACUUCCUGAAGCGGGAGGCUGAGGGUGAUCAUGUGACUCUCGGGGGUGGGGCUACCCUAGCUGCUUCCCAGCCUGGCUGAAAGGGCUCGCGUAGCUGGCCUCGUCAGCCCUUAAAGCGCCUACUGGGCGGCCUGACUUCAACUCCUUUCGCCGAACCACGCAAAGGGAGUUGCUCCUGGUUCUCGUUACCCCUCCAAGUUCGGUUUCCUUCAAUCCCCGAAGGUGGGCCCUUAAGUCCAUCGCCACGGGGCCUGAGGCCACCGGGAAACACAAAUCCCCAGUGUCCGAAGAGUAACCGGAAGUGCACUCCCAGACGGCCAGGUGGAUUGGCGGUGCCGGCAACUACCGGCGGAGACAGAAGAACUGAGUGUUGUGAAUAAUUAUGGGCUAGAGACCUUUUGGACCCAAAAAGAAAUCUUGAGUCUUUGUUUUGGGUUGGAAAUACCAAGUGAAGAAUUAGUGCGUAUGAUGUUGAAAACUUGUGGAGAUGAAAGGCCUAAAACAGAUGUAUUUUCCAAGUUCUCGUCAAGAAAAUGACUAUGAAGAAAAUGAUGGGUCAGGAAGACCAGUGGAAAAUUCCCUAGGAGAGAGCUGUAGAAAAUGUACACUUCAAAAGAAAGAUAUAAUCAGAGAACUAAGAAAAGGAAAAUAUAUCAUGUAUGCCCUCAGAAGGGUAAAAAUAUUUUUAUUAAUGUGCAUGAGAUUACUCUAAUAGAUGAUCAGAUAUACCGGUGUCUUGAACAUAAGCAAAACUUCUGUGAAAACUUAGCUCUUAUUAUGUGUGAGAAAACCCAUACUGGGGAGAAACCUUAUAGAUGUGAUAUGUGUGAGAAAACCUCCAUCCAAAGCUUAGAUCUUAGUUCACACCAGAGGAUACACAAUUAUGAGAAACCUUACAAAUGUAGCAAAUGUGAGAAGAGCUUUUGGCACCAUUUAGCCCUUUCAGGACACCAGAGGACACAUGCAGGUAAAAAAUUCUAUACGUGUGAUAUUUGUGGCAAGAAUUUUGGUCAGAGCUCUGAUCUGCUUGUCCACCAGCGAAGCCAUACAGGCGAGAAACCUUAUCUCUGUAGUGAGUGUGAUAAAUGCUUCAGUCGAAGUACAAACCUCAUAAGGCACCGAAGAACUCACACAGGUGAGAAACCAUUUAAGUGUCUGGAGUGUGAAAAGGCUUUUAGUGGGAAAUCAGAUCUUAUUAGCCACCAGAGAACUCAUACUGGUGAAAGGCCCUACAAAUGUAAUAAGUGUGAGAAAAGUUACCGACACCGUUCAGCCUUCAUUGUUCAUAAAAGAGUUCAUACUGGGGAGAAACCCUAUAAGUGUGUUGCCUGUGAGAAAUGCUUUGGCCAGAAAUCAGACCUUAUUGUACAUCAGAGAGUCCACACAGGUGAAAAGCCCUAUAAAUGCUUGGAAUGUAUGAGAAGUUUUACUCGGAGUGCCAACCUAAUCAGGCACCAGGCAACUCACACUCACACAUUUAAAUGCCUUGAAUAUGAGAAAAGCUUCAGCUGUAGCUCAGACCUCAUUGUGCAUCAAAGAAUUCACAUGGAAGAGAAACCACAUCAGUGGUCUUCAUGUGAGAGUGGCUUCCUCCUAGGCAUGGACUUUGUUGCCCAACAGAAAAUGAGAACUCAAACAGAGGAGCUGCAUUAUAAAUAUAGUGUAUGUGAUAGAAGCUUCCACCAGAGCUCAGCCUUUCUUCAACAUCAGACAAUCCACAUCAGUGAAAAACAUAUCUGUAAUGUGGGUGAGAACAGUCAUGAGCUCAGCCCUCCCCAUGCAUCAGAGGCCUCACAGAUGUCUUGACCAGACAGGAAGUCAAAAUACCAUAAAAAAUGUAUUUACAUGUCAGAGAACUCACUAAAAUGAGGAACUUCAGGUAAUUCUCAGACUUUCCUGAGAGUUCAGACUUCAAUGGGGACAAGAAUCUGCCACUGUAGGAAGUUGAAAAAUGGUUUGCCCAGAGAGCUGCCCUAACAGAACACAGUAUUAGUCACUCCAAUAAGAAAUCUUAAAAAUGCCCUGAGUUUUGGAAAACCUUUAACCCAACGAAGCUCAUGUUUGAUCACCAAGAGGAUUCAUAGAAAUGGAAAACUUUAGAAAUGCUGUGUGUGAGCACCCUCAUUCCAAAGAGAAUUCACAUCAGAGGACAACUUUUUAAAUGCCCUCAGUUUCAGCAGUGCUUCAGACAGUAUGCACAUCUCAUUGGAUAUCAGAAAGCCCACAAUGAGGAGAAACCCCAGCAAGUGUGAAAAAAGCUUCUAACAGAACUGUAACUCUUACCCAUCAGAAAAGUCAUACUGGUGAAAAUGUGUAUAUUUGUAAUGAAUGUGGCAAAAGCAUUAGUUGAAGAGCCUUCUUGGGUUUGUACCAAAAAAAGCCAAUCAGAGGAAAGACUUUAUGAAGUAUGAAUGAAAAAAGCUGUCAGUGAUGAGCCCCUGUCAUACACCGGGGAACUCACCAUAAGUGAAAAACUGCAUGAAUACCUUGAGUCAGACAAAAGCCUCACUAGUCACUCCUAUCUUAUUGGGCCCCAAAGAACCUACUCUGCAGAGAAUUUGCUCUAGUGAGAUCUGAUUGUGGACUGUGUGCAUAUAAGGUAUGAGAGGAACUGUUCUCAUAGAUGACAGUAUUGUAGAGAUGACUUUUAAUGGAGUCAAUAUGUAAACAGUUUUUUAGAUAGCCAGAAGCUUGUUCUGGGAGGAGCUAGGGCAGGUCAGAGUAGGCCUGAUGGGUAACUCAGGUAAAGAUGCUUUUCUUCUAUCUGAACCACUUACUGAUUGCUUUACUUUCACUUUUUGAAAUUAGGAAACCCAAUAAAGGAAAGGACUAUAAUGUUGUAAUGGCAGGUGUGGCAUGUGUUACUGUUGGGGGAAAGGAAUGUAUUGACUUUGCCUCUUGACUUUUUUGUGUGCUAUAGUAAACCUUUUGCUGGUGGUGAAAAGAACUAGCAACUAGGGAGUAGUUAUCCUAGACAAAACUCUCUCCAGAAGGUUCUCCUUUGAAGGGCCAACCUCCUAAAGAGGCAGAAUAUUCAGCUUUUCCUUAUUAUGAUUGAGGCAUACCCUCAAAAGUUUCCUAUCCAUAUAGCUUUCAGAUUAUUACUAGUAUUUGAAAUUUCAGCUUUAGAGAUUCAUUUCAACUCAAAAUGAAAAUUUCAGGAUAAUAAUUUAACAAUGUUGCUUGUAUCCAUGUUUUUGUGACUUCAUUUGUCUCUUUUCAAUGAUAAGAUAUCCUCAUCAGCUUCUUGCAGAAAGAUUAAGACUGAAAGGUUUAAGCCUGAGUAGGCACAAUAAAAAAUACAGAUACAUUAUUAAUGGAAGAGCUAGACUUUUUUUAUCAUUCUGACUCCAAAGUUGGUGUUCUUUUCACUCCAUUAUACUGCUCUUUAUAGCGAAACUAGCUCCAUAACAAUAUGCUUUUCAUUUAUUUCAGUUCUGCCAAGAAAAGAGAAUAUUUUUUAUUCUCGGGGAGAAUUACAGUCACCACAGUAUAAGGUAUAAAUUUGGCUUGGAAUGUAGAAUUCAAAGGCUAAAAGGGAAAGUAGCUGGCAGAUUUAUCAGAGGCUUAAGGGUAAGCACUUAUCUCCAGUUUAACAACAUAAUUAUGAUUAUCUUUAAUGUUCUCUAGAAAUACUGUACUUAAUCCAAGGAUCUAAAAAAGACCUUUCUGAGGAUUUUCUUCUUUCCUCAGGUUUAAGGACAUUUAAUGUAAAUAUUUAAAAUGUCUACAAUAUUUGGGGCAGUAGACUGGUGAACAAAUAUUUUGUUGCUUGUCUGGGUCCUCUGGUUUAUCUCAGCAAACCUCUGAACUCCAGAGAGUGUUGGCAUUUGGACUCACGGAGGUGGCCAACUGCUACCUUGCUUUAUGUGGUUCUGAGAUUUGGGUCCUAAUGACUGGUUGAUGAUCUUGAUAAUCUUAGGGUCAGUGGAUAUAGUUAAUUGUGAUGAUAAGGAAGCUUAAUGCUAAGGUGUUUUUCUUUUUUUUAGAAAACAGAUCCUGGACGUUUAUUUGAUCUGAUGUAUUUUAAUAAUUUUUAUAAAUAGCUCUUACACAAUGAAAAGUUGCCCAGUGUGAUAAAAUACACAAGAUGUAUUUGUUUCUCCUUGGUGAAAAUCAUGCCUAUCUCUAGUAUGUGUUUGACAGUUUUAAUACUUAAGAUAGUAUUGGGUAUAUGGCAUGGUGUUGAUGAAAAUAAGUCCUUAUGGCUAUUUGUUAGAACUUGGAGAAGGGGACAGUUUGUAUCAUUGGCGGUACAGUGACUUUCCCCUGUCGGCUAAUCUUAUUUGUAAUAUCUCUAGUCUUUGAGUAAAUUGAGAAUGGACCAUCCCUUGAAGAGAACUUUGGGGAUAUGAAACAGAUCUGAGAGCUUUUUAACCGUGGGGAAAAAAGGUAUUGGUAUUACUCAUAUAGAAUAACCUGAGGUUGGAAAGGACCACUUGGGAGCCUGUAACCAAAACUAGAAGGUAACUUCUGGAUGGAUGGAGGUUCUCUUGAGACAGUGCUGACCUAAAUCUACCUCAGGUAAGUAGAGUAACUUUUUCAAGGUUUCAGACCAAAUGAGACACUUGUAUGCAGUCAGUGUAUUCUUAUGCUUUAAUGUUUUUGUUUUCCCUGAAUUCUUAAAUAAACAUUUGUUCUGAAAAACUA